AUGAUACCAAAAAAACCAUUGCCGUUCAAUGGUGACUUCUCGUCACCAGACGAGUAUAUCGAUGAGCUUCUUAAGUUCGUUCGAACUUCUGAAACCUUCCAAAUCCUUUGUGGUGGUGUCCAUAUUCUCGACUUCUUCACCAUUGAGCCUGGUCUUUUUCAUUAUGCCAUCCCUAAAGAAUGGCACUCUUUCAUCCUCUCAUGCAGUCUCAUGGAAUUUCUGGACCUCCUCAUGCGCGAUGAUCUGGACAAUCUCAAUUUUGAUGUUCGGAAUCUUUCGCUCGGUCGAUCGUUCACGCCGCCUACAGAGAAACUGCCUGCUCUUCCCCGGUCAGUAGCCAUAGGCAUGAACGUGAAAAAAAACCAUGAAGUCACCAACUUCGCUGAUUACCUCUCUCGACUUUCGGACGACAUCAGAGAGCAGUAUGGAAACGAAAUAUCUCACUACGUUGACUUUGGGAGUGGCCAGAAUUACCUUGGCCGAGCUAUGGCAAGUGAGCCCUACAACCGGCACGUAGUAGCUGUUGAGGGGCGAGAGAACAAUGUCAAUGCAGCAAAAGGUCUUGAUAUGUCCUCUGGACUGGCUGUCAAGCCCAAAGUCAUGAGGAACAAGAAGCUAUGGACAAAGAUCCUGGAAGCACGAGGACCCGAUGCCCAGGACGACCCGGAAGCUUUGGCUAAGGCCAUCCGCGACGUGGCGGGAGACGAAGCCUUUGAGUUCAAACCCGUCAAGGAACUUGAAGGAGAAUAUACUCUGGAAAAGGGAAAGGGAUCUGUUCAGUACAUUUCAGGCCGUUUGGACAGUGGCGAGCUGGGUGAGGUAAUCGCCCAAAUUAACACUGAGAGCGACCCAGAAGCCGAUAAGAAGGACCUGAACUUAAUGGCCAUGUCAAUUCAUUCUUGCGGAAAUCUAUCGCACUUUGGAAUCCGCUCUCUGGUUCUGAACCCAGAUAUCCGGGCUGUGGCCAUCGUUGGAUGCUGCUACAACCUGAUGACGGAGAAACUUGGUCCACCUACAUACAAACAUGCCUUCUUGCGACCGACUCUUCAAGCUGUCAACGGCCGACUUGUUCGGGAAUCAGAUAAGCAUGACCCGCAGGGAUUUCCCAUGAGCCAAAGGUUCUCAACGCAUCAAGGAGACGGUGUGCGACUCAAUAUCACGGCUCGUAUGAUGGCCUGCCAAGCGCCGCAAAACUGGACCGAGAAGGAGAGCGCAGGAUUCUUCUCCCGGCAUUUCUACAGAGCAGUGUUGCAAAAGAUCUUCCUUGACCGGGGCGUGGUAAGAAAGAUCCGGCAUGGAGAUAGCCAAGGGGAACCCCGAGAUGCAGACACUGCACCAUCCGCCCAGGAUGAUAGCGAAAGUCCCUUCGACAUCAGCACCAAUCCUGUUAUCAUUGGGUCGUUGCGGAAGAGUUGCUAUGGAACGUUCAAGUCCUAUGUCCGCGGAGCAGUGGAGAAACUCACAACCAACACUGACUACAAACAGUACACAGAGGUGAUGCAGGAGAAGAUGGGUGGUAUCACAGACGAAGAGAUCGAACAGUAUGAGGCCCAGUAUCUACCGCGAAAGAAGGAGUUGUGCGCUAUUUGGAGUCUCAUGGCUUUCAGCGCCAUGGCGGUCGAAUCGCUCAUCGUGUCGGACCGGUGGACAUUUCUCAAAGAACACGACGAUCUUGUUCGUCACGCGUGGGUCGAAACGGUGUUUGACUAUGGACUGAGUCCAAGAAACCUGGUUGUCGUAGGAGUUAAGCGAUAG